UGUUUUUUCUUUCAGUAAAACUUUCCCGGAACAAAGAUGGCGUCCAGCUACAACGCCAGAGACGAGGACGGCGGACACAUCACCGUCACCGGGCCGCCGCGCAGCAAGAAGCCGGAGAACACCGCCUUCAAGCAGCAGAGGCUCCCCGCCUGGCAGCCCAUCCUCACGGCCGGCACCGUGCUGCCGGCCUUCUUCAUCAUCGGCCUCCUCUUCAUCCCCGUCGGCAUCGGCCUGUUCGUGACGUCAAACAACAUCAAAGAGUUCCAGAUUGAUUACACUGGAGCUGACAUGUCCAGUCCCUGCUUCAACUGCUCCCAGAACUUCAGCUGGAACAGCACGAGGCCUUGUACCUGCACAAUACCGUUCUACCUGGAGCAGCCUUAUGAGAGCAACGUCUACGUGUAUUACGGCCUCUCAAACUUCUACCAGAAUCACCGUCGCUACGUGAAGUCAAGAGAUGACAGCCAGCUGAAUGGAAACAUGAAAUCCCUCAUGAAAAACAACAGCACGGAGACGACUGUAUCCGAGAUGACGACGGCGAACUCAAGUCAUCAAAACGACACAGAACCCAGUAAGGAGUGUGAGCCGUACGCUAGACAUGAGAACAAGCCGAUAGCGCCGUGUGGAGCCAUCGCCAACAGCAUGUUCAACGACACGUUGGAGCUGUUUUACAACGACCCCAACGGCACAAAGAUCCAGAUUCCUCUCAACAACACCGGCAUCGCCUGGUGGACCGACAAGCACGUAAAGUUCGGGAAUCCUGGAGGCAACAACCCGAACCUCACCGCCGUCUUCCAAGGAACAACGAAGCCGGUGAACUGGCGCCGGCCCGUCUACGAGCUGGACUCGGACCCGAGCAACAACGGCUUCAUCAACGAGGACUUCAUCGUGUGGAUGAGAACCGCCGCCCUGCCCACCUUCCGCAAACUCUACCGCAUCAUCAGCAAGAAAAACAGCAUGGUCCCCACUCUGCCGCGAGGAAACUACACCCUGGAGGUCGUCUACAAUUAUCCCGUCCGCAGCUUCGAGGGCCGGAAGCGGAUGAUCCUGAGCACCAUCUCCUGGAUGGGAGGCAAGAACCCGUUCCUGGGCAUCGCCUACAUCACCGUGGGCUCCGUCUGCUUCUUCCUGGGCGUCGUGCUGCUCAUCAUCCACCACAAAUGUGGCAACCGGAACAACGGCGCCGAGAUUUCAAACUGAGACGCCGGCUGCUCGCCUCCUGCUGAGCCUCCAUCCGUCGUCCAGAAACCUCGACUGGUAGAUGAUUAAAAAAAUGUAACGUCCACUUUCACUUCUUCAGCAGACAAACACAAGUUUUAGGGUUUAAAGCCACUGAUUAUUUGCCAAAGUAAACGGAGAAGUAGCCACAAUUUUACAGCUUUUCACAGAUAUUCCGUCCUGGUUACACCGUCAGACUAAAGUGUCACAUGAUCAACUGCCUUUAGAGUAAAGAAUAAAGUCUGAGUUCCUGCUAAAGUAAGUAAGUUUUUAAUAAGAGAAGUCUGGGAAUCCCAAUGCUUCGCUUGGGUGCAGAAGCCAUGUUGAACAUUCUGAGGAAGAGUUUACAUUCUACAGUUACAAUCAGAUUAUUCCUCUGAUAACACAAGUGUAUUAAAAACAUUAUUAUUAUCUUUAACAGCUGUAUGCUACUAAACCUGUGUAGAUGUGUCAAUAUUGCUAUCGUUGUUGGCUCUUUUGACUGCUCUUGCAGACAGAAAAAUGCAUAAAUGUAUCUAAUAUUACAUCCUUGAAUUACAGAGAAUGCAUUUAAUCUGCAGUUAGCUCAUCACUCUUAUAGAAAAUAUGAUAAAUAUAUGAGUAAUUCUGGCUACAGCUCUUUUUUUAUGGGAGGAAAACUGUUCAGGAUCUCUGAGCUCCAAGGCGGUGCAGUCGAAGGUGAGCUUCAGUGUUCUGAGUCCCGCGUUGCAUGCUGGGUAGCCGAGAUGUAAAUGUGAAUAUUGAGCUGCUCGAGCGGCUCGUCUUUGUGCCUCGUUUCGUCUGUGACUUCAGCCCACUUUCAGACUAAAACCAAGCUUUUGCUGAGUCUUUAAAAAUAGAAAGAAAAAAAAAAAGUUUCAAGCAAGAUUCCACGUCAGAGGGAACAGAAAACGUUUGUAGCUUUUGGAGCUGUACUAACAAUAUGUGACCAUUUUUUGUAUUUAUUUUUCAUAAAUGUUUGCGUUGUAUUUGCACGUCAGUCCUCAGGGGUUUUGUGGGUUUAAAGGUCGAGGAACUGAAAAUUACGAGCUUGUGAAAUCCAGAAAAAUGCACGUUAACGUGUCGUGGCUUCAUUCAUUGUCGGUUAAUGCACUAAUAAUACAAACUGCACGAUGACCGUAUGACUCAAUACAUGUGAUUUAAUGCGUCUCAACACUUCCAUCUAACUCAACUAAAUACUGACUCUUCCACAUAUUUAGCAGCAGCUGAGAUUAUACAUCAAUAAAAGAGAUGCUGCAUGUUUAAAUGUGCACAGUCAAAAUGUUUGUUUUUCUUUUUAUACAUUUCAUCCAGAUAAAUUGUCUGUGAUCAUGUGCAGCACUAGAUUUGACAUUUCUUUUUAUAUAUCUGUGAUGUGUUGUCGCUUUAAAUGAAUAAAUGUCAUUUAAAUUGAAACAGGUUUCUCUGACGU